AUAAAGGCCGAGCACACUGUGAAGCGCAUCACUUUCACCCUCAGUGAGGCAAACCCGGGCGAGACCCUUCACGUCCACCUGCCCAAGCUGAACAGUAACAAAGUCAUCAUGCCGGGUUCUCUGGCACUGCGUUUCAGCUUUGUUCUGGCCGGCGGCAAUGCAAACAACUUUCUCGUCCAGAACAUCUUGAGAGCACUAGUCAACAAGUUCACUGUAAAAUAUGCAGGCACCACUCUUCAAGACACAUCUGGCUACGACAUCUACAAAUGUUUCGAGGUUCUUUUCCUUCCACUGCAUGUGCGCUGUAAUAACAUGUUGCUGGAGGGGAUUCAAACUGCAAAACUUUGUAAGAUUCGCUUGGAUGCCGAUGACAAAGAUACAACGGGUGUGGAUGCUGAAAAAGCGCUGUUUUCGGCACCAAGUACUGCAUCCGGCUGAAUCACCCGAUUCUGCAAAAUCACAGGGUUGUUUUCAAACUGACCCUUUUGCCGGCCCCGCAGGUUGUGAAAGAGUCAGACGCAUCGCAGCUGGUCUACAAGCUGACAAACAUUCAGCUGGAGUAUGAGACCAUCCGCAGCAAGACAUUGGCAGACAAGGCAACAAGCGUGUACUACAGCAGCAGGGCAUUUGGAUAUGAGCAAAUCAUGCAAGAAGAGUUAGUGACCUUUGCAAACGCCAUUGAGAGCAGGCUCAACAUCAGAGUGAACCCUCAGUGCCGAUUGUCCAAGGAUAUUCUUCUGCUGUUUAUCGAACCCUACACCGCCGGCGACCACGACUCGGAAGAAUACAUUAACCCUGACAUCACGAAAGUGAAUGUCACAUAUUUAUUGGGUUGCCCAUCGACCUUUGAUCCAUGGUAGACACCACAAUGCACGGCAGCGGCGUCCAUCUUGUUAACACCACAGAUGGUGUAUUCCUUGCGAUCAACAGAAAGACAUCUGGCUCCGGAAAUGUGAAAUGCCCGCAAGAGGAGGUCGAACUCUGGCUGAAACUUAGCAGCCAUUUUUUUUUCAGGGCAUGAACAUCCUCAUUGUUUUGGACAAUUGUGCUGCCUCGAAGGACAUGAAAGGCCCCACUGGCCAGCUGGUUUCCCUCGGCUUUUCGGCCUGCCAUGCAGGCAUUAGCGUGUGGAUUCUAACGCAGAUCACCAGCAUCGCAAAACCAUUCUGUAAAAACGUGGCCGCCAUUGUUCUGUUUUACACUCUGUCGGAAAAGCCAUAAAAGCCAUCUUCGAAGACUAUGCUGGUUCGCUUUCCGCGGAAGAGUACAAGGAACUGAUGACAGUGCUGAUAAAAGAAAAACUUUCCUAUCUGGUCUUCUCCCUGUGCCAUCCAUUCGCAAUCAAAAUUUAUACAGCAUGUCUGAACAGGAGGCAUUCAAUGAACUCAUGCAAAUGCUAGUGGCCACUCCGGACUGCUUGAAACCCUCCGAUUUUUCUGUUUCCCUCCCUGCCAAAAACGUUCCAGAACAACGCAAAAAGCUGGCUGUGCUUGUUUCCAUGGGCUAAUCCAAAGAGGUGCUCGGCGCUCAACUUUCGCAUGAACAGAUGAAACGCGUCACGGACAAAGAGGUGGAAAAAAACUUUACAAACGAUAUGCAGCCUAUACGGGCAGCAAGGCCACCGAGACGCUAAUUCAGAGCUUUUUGAUGCUUGCCAGCAAAGCGAUUGAUAUGGUCAUCAAAGUGAAUGACGUGAAAGCUCUGCAAAAGGACCUGCAAGAAGAUUUGUUAGUAACUCGUCGUUGCCAUCUGUGGCUGGAAAUAUGGCACUGAGCUGUGGUCGCCUGCGGGUGGUUGCCAAUGCUGCUGUGAUCACAGUCAAGCACAUAGAUUUUGAGAAAGAACCUGAAGAGAAACCUGUCCAAGAACCUUGCAAAGAAACUGGCUAAGGACCUCCAAAAACCUCACCUUAUUAUAUACAACAUGGCUGAGAAAUCGCUUGCACCUGCAGAUAUAUCAGCGGCACCUGCAGUUCCAGAGCAGGUUUUGUCAAAAGUUCCUCAAACAAAGCCUGCAAAAAAUCGUAUGCGGAUUGCAGCUGGCAAAAAGCUAGCUGAACAUAGCAGCAUGGCAUGUGAGGCAAAAAAGAAUCCCUGCUGAAUUAAAAGUAGAGCCAGAGAACCCAAGCGCUGGAGUAAAUGGUUAUUUGCUUCUUGGCAUUAAAGGCCUGAUGGUCUCUGCUCUGGGCGUUUAUUAUCAGCGGGCAGCGAUUAUGUCAACCCUCCAGCGAACGCCAGCGCCUGAUCGAAAGCCAAGCCACAAUCUUUGGUUAAUGGAUUGAAAGUUUUUACAUAAUAAUAUGAUGUCGAACUUUGUUGUGGCAGCUGUUAUUAGGACUGCAAAGCUGUAUGGCAUUUGGGCAAUUUAUAAGCAUAUCGUAUUCCCAAUCAAUGAACAAGUUAGUCUGCUUCUGUUGAAUACCUUCGAAGAACUGUUUCAACCACCCACAGUGAGUAAGGAGGAGGAGAAAUAAUUGUUGACAACAAGCUCGUCAAAACUGUUCUUGAUGCUGCAACGCUUACUUGCCUGGCCGCCGGCAUACGCUCGGCCGUGGAAAAAAAAACCAUCAAAGAAAACUUUACUACCGACCCCAGCAGCAAUGCCAUGAACUACAUGAAGUUCACCAUUGUUAUGGCUGCAGCCAUCGCUUUUAAGCAAUACCUCGAGGAUCAAAAAAUCCUUCCAAAAAACGUCUGAGUUUUGAUUCACAACGAACAAUCAAAAGUUCGAACCGUAAAUGAAUACACGUUGGACGAGAAACUUUCGAAAAUUUACUACCACCCUCAAGGCUACUGGAAAGGCAUCGCUGCCAUCAAAAAGCCGGCAGCCACUGCAAAGGUUUCUCAAAAUGAGGCAAAAUAUGGCUGAUAUGCCAAGCCCUUUGGCAAAUUUAUCUUUCUGCGCCAUAACACAUUCCUCGCCCCAAAUUCGAUGUGUCCACGUCAAACGCAGUUCUUCACGCAGACCUCCUUUUUCUUCCACACGACACUGUGGAGCAUGGCCUGGGCCGAAAAACCUACAGAUACGCUUUGACCGUCAUUGAUGUGGCCAGCCGUUUCAAAGAAGCUGAACCCCUAACCUUGAAAGGCUGCUCAAGUGGCGAGCGCUUUUAUAAAUAAUUUACAAAUGCGGGCCUUUGAAAUGGCCACAGCUUUUGCAAGUGGACCCGUGGCGUGAGGUCAUGGUAGCUGUCACCAAAGAGAUGGAAAAACACAAAACAAACAUUCGAUGCGGGCUCGUAGAUAUUCACCAGGAUCAGGCGAUUGUGGAAAGAUUUAACAGCACCCUUGCUGAGUUCCUGUUCAGACACCAAUAUGCUGUCAAAAUGCGGCUGCCCGAGGGCCAAAUGUCUUCCAAAUGGGUCAUUCGGCUUCCUGCUGUGGUCUCCGCCCUGAAUGGCGAA